GCUCCUGUCGUUCUCCCUCGGCUCCAGCAGCAGUGGUUGGGUGUCCAUUGAAAGUCGGAAGUUGGUGUUUUAGUUUAGUGAAACUUGACAAAAUGGCAGAAGACAACACUUACGAGUCGAUGCUCUGCGUGAAGCCCGAGGUUCACGUCUACCGGAUCCCACCGCGAGCCUCAAACCGCGGAUAUCGUGCUGCUGACUGGAAACUGGAUGAACCUGCAUGGAGCGGUAGGAUGAAAAUCACUGCGAAAGGCAAGAUGGCCUACAUAAAGUUAGAAGACAAAAACUCAGGAGAGUUGUUUGCACAAGCUCCAGUUGACCAGUAUCCAGGUUGUGUAGUUGAAGCAGUCACAGACUCCAGCAGGUAUUUCGUGGUCCGGAUAGAGGACGGCAAUGGUCGUCAUGCUUUUAUUGGCCUGGGUUUUGCCGAUCGUGGCGAUUCAUUCGACUUCAACGUUGCUUUACAAGACCAUUUUAAGUGGGUAAAGCAAGAAGGGGAGCUUGCAAAAAUGGAAGCUUGUGAGAGCGCGGCACCCAAACUGGACCUGAGCUUCAAAGAGGGGCAGACGAUCAAGAUCAACAUUGGGAACAUCAAGAAGAAGGAAACGGUCGGUGCCAAACCACGGCCGAUGGGUGGAGGUCUUCUCCCACCUCCACCCGGAGCAAAGGCUGGAGGCGUCAUACCGCCUCCUGGAGGACAGCAGACAGUCCCAGCUGUUCACAGUAACACUGCCUCCCUCUUAGACUUUGGUUCCCAUCCACCUGCAGCCCUGCCUAGUUCUGACAUGUGGGGAGACUUCACAUCUGCCGGUUCCAACUCCAGUACAGAUGCUGAGAAACCAGGAUGGGUGCAGUUUAGCUGAGUUGUGAGGAAAAUGUGCGCACACUUGGGUUCCAUACAUUCCGUGGACCGGACCAUUGUGGCGGAAAAGAAGCUAAAAGAGAGAGAGAGAGAGAGGAACUGUUAGUAUAAGAACUUGACUGGCUCACUCACUGCACUUGAUAAACAUAGCCAGCUGACCAACACACUCUGAAGGAACAAACACAGCAAUGUACAUAUAUAUAAUUUUUUUUGGGGGUUUCUUCCCACUUUUGCUAUGCAGUGAGAUCUGUCAGGUCACCACUCAUCUCAUAGCUCUCUGCAAAUGUGAGCGUUACUGGUGGUUGAAGGAAAACACACUCACAGGUAACAGCGCCUGUCCGUUCAUUGCCUUAAAUCACGAACAUGUGAUCACGUCCCUCUCCGUCGUUACACCUCCAUCAUCUCAGAGUUCUCUUUCUGCGUUUUAGUUUUCUUUAUCAUGUGGUUCACCGUAGUGAAGUAUCCACGUUUUUGUGAAGCUAUGUUUGUUUGUUUUCUGGUUACUCCUCCAUCUAGAUCUUAUGUUUGCCUUUGGUUAGUUUUACAAUGUAAAGUAAAAAGUUCUUAAGCCCACGUCACAAAAUACAGAGACAAAACGUUUUAAUCACAGCGUGGGAAUUAAGUCGCGAUCGCCAUUUUCACAUCGUCAUCCAUUUUUUCUCGUUCAUGUUUCAAGUUUGAAAAUGCUUUGUCUUUUUGUGUUUUCGUCUUCGUGUCUUCUGCUUGUAUGUUCCUCUUUUUUUUCUUUUUUUUUUUAAAUGUGCCUUUUACCAAAUUGAGUUUUCCUAAUUUCGCUACGAAUAUUUGAUUAAGUGCCUUUCUGACAAAGAAAAAGAUCUAAAAAUUUAUAAAAAAAUGCAAGCCCGUGUUUUCUUGUAAAUAAACUCUAUAUUUCA